CGCGUACAGAUUACGACAUGCACCAAAAUCGACAACCGUCCUCCAUGAGCGGUUGUAACGCACCGUACAUCAGCAGUGCUACGAAGCAUGUAUUAGACCGGUAUCUUCUUCCGCUGUACAUUCAAAAUCUCGACUACAUAGCCGCACACAGAAGGCUCACUCUAACCAAACCGGCACAGCUGUAGAUAUCAACAUACGAGGUUAACUUUUUCAAGGCAGAGCACCAACAAAACUACUUCCGUAACACGAUACCCCAAGCAAACACACGUCACCGUUACUCUUGCUACGAGCCGAAGUCGUCGCAGGCAGCGCGCAAAAUACAGGGCCGAAAACUGAGCCAAGCUCUAGACUAGCGUUCCACGAAAAGGGUACAAACACUGCUGUUCUUGCUCAGCAGCGCUCGUCCAGCCUCCAGCUACCACAAUAUCCACAACACAACGCCAAGGCGCAGGUCUCGAAAACACGCAAAACACACACCAUCACAAAACCACCGCGACGCUGAUGCAGCCAAGCGGAGGACACUAUUUCAUCUACCGUCGUCCGAGAAAGCUCGAGAAUGUCCUGCUUCGCGAUCUUUCCUCAGCCUGGCGGCUAAGGUGCUGUAACGCCGCCGAGAACGUUGCAACACAAAAGCCUGUGUCGACAAGGAAACCCCAACGGAGCCGCCAACACCAAGGGGGACACAGGCAAGGCAAGGCUGUCGCAAAUCUCCCGGACGAAACCGGCGACCGCGCGCUCCAACGGCGGGAGUCGAAACAUCUGCCACGCGCGAACCUGUCGAACGUGUCAAGAAUAAACAGGGCCUGCCGGAGCUCUCUCUCUGGCCUGCUCCUCUGCAGCCGCCCGAGCGUCUCUACGCGCGGGCUCGUGCCGAGGAAGUCCUGCAGCAGGUGCGCCAAGUGCGCCGAAGAGGGGUGCAGCGGUCCCAUGUAAAGGAGGCUGCACAGCCGCUGUAGAUACGCCUCCAGCCUAAGGCGGCACGGGAGACGUCGGUAUCGAGAGAGGGGGGGUCGGUUGUAAGAGGAGUUCGUGAAAACUGGUAUUGUUUUGAGGUACAAAAUAUCGCUUUAGGGCGGAGUCUAACCGGACCAAGAGGCAUACCGUACUUAAGCACUCUAUUUUGUUGCGUCGCCAGCAAGAGAAGGAACUUGACAUUCUGUUUUAGCUACACACACGCCUUACCGAAGUUGAGAGUACGUCGACCCCUCGAAAAAAAGGACGAGAAACGAAAAAACCUC